AUGGCAGAAGAGCCAACAUUGGUUUUUUUAAAAGAAGAAGUGGCCAGGUUAAGCAGAGAGCUAGAUCAAGCAAGUAGUGAAAAAGUACAAUCUGCUCAAUAUGGACUUGUACUUUUGGAAGAAAAAUCGUUACUUCAAGAUAAGUAUAAUGAGUUGGAAGUUCUGUAUGAAAAUACAAGACAUGAUUUAAAAAUUACUCAGGAAGCUUUAGCUAAAUUUCAAACCAGCCAUAAAGUGACGACUGAAAGUGGCAUUGAACAAGAGGAAUCCCUUCUUAGUGAGUCAGCAGCUAGAGAAACUUCUUUAAAUUCUCAAAUUUUAGAUUUAGAAAAUGAAACAAAACAAUUGCGUCAAGAGCUAGAAAGAGUAACAAAUGAAAGAGAUAGGUUAAUUCAAGAAAAUAAUGAUUAUGACAAAGAUAAAGAAGAAAGAGAACAAGAAAGGAGGCACCUUAAACUGCAACUUAGGGAAAUCAAGCAAAGAGAGACAAGUCUGAUAUCAGAGUAUGCAGAACUCGAAGAAGAAAAUAUUAGUCUUCAAAAACAAGUGUCAUCUCUUAAAUAUUCUCAAAUCGAAUUUGAAGGCAUUAAACAUGAAAUCAGAUCUCUCCAAGAAGAAAUUAAAUUAAGCCAUCAACAAAUUGAAGAAUUAACAAAUUUAAAAAAAAUAGCAGAAAAACAAAUGGAAGAGGCAUUACAAAGCUUGCAAGUCGAACGAGAAGCUAAAUAUGCAUUAAAAAAAGAAAUAGAUCAAAAAAUUAAUAAUCCCAAUAUGAAUAUGUUCAACUUCAGCAAUUUAGCAUACACCAUUAGAGGAAUGACUGAAGAUGGAGGGGGUGGUUCAGAUGAAGAAGAUUUACCAGCCUUACAACAAAUAGAGGCAGAUAUUAAAGGGUCUACUUUAGAUUUAACAUCACCAGAAGGAAAACAAGUUGAUUUGUUUAGUGAAAUACAUUUAAAUGAAAUUAAAAAGUUGGAAAAACAACUUGAACAAGCAGAUUUGGAAAAAUUAGCAUUAACUCAAAAUUUAAAAGAAUCUCAAAUGCAAGUCGAUAAAAGUCAAAAAGAACUUCAGGCUUUCUUAUCCAAAAUUAUUCAAUUAGGUACACAUGUCGAUUCAUUACAAACUCUAAAAAAUAAAGCCCAGGAUUUGGGUGUGUAUCCAAAAGACGCAACUUUAGACAAAUUAUCGUUGAUUGUGCUCAAUUAUCAGCAGUGGUUUGAUUUCACUUACAAAGAACUUGAUCAACUGAAAAACGAAUUGAUUGAAUUGGAAAAAGGUCUAAACAUAUCUGAUGCAACUGCACAAUUAAGAACUGAUAUAGCCAACUUGAAAAAUAAAUUGCUUGAUAGUGAACAACAAGCAUUAGAAUACAAAUCUGAUGUUUUAAUUUUGGGUCAAUUAACUUGCGGUGCAAGUACUUCCCUUGAAGCUGCAAUGUCAGGAUUGCAAACUGUAUCAGAUGAAUUAGCACAAUUGUACCAUCAUGUCUGUGCUGUUAAUGGAGAAACCCCAAGCAGAGUUUUAUUAGAUCAUGAAAAAAAAGGUGAAGUCAUUCCCAUAGCCGAUGAAAACUCUGCUGAAAAAAGUGACUUUUCAGUGUCUCAAAUUGAAAUGUUAAGAGGACGAUUAAAAACAGAUGUUUCUAAAAAAGAUCUAGAAACUCUCAGAGAUGCUGCUGGAAUGGCUAGUCAUGUUGAAACUAUAGUAGAUCAAGUUAAGCAUUUGAGAAAGUCCGUUGAGAACACUCUGGAACAUUCGAAGAACAAGGGAAGGUCUAACUUACUGCAAAAAGAAGAAAGCUCAAAUGAAAAUAAGGAUGCGGAAAUAGCUGAGCUUCAGGAACAAAAUAUUAAACUCAAAUCUUUAUUAUCAACAAAGAGGGAACAAAUUGCAACUUUACGUACGGUAUUAAAAUCGAAUAAAAACACGGCGGAAGUUGCACUUGCAAACCUCAAAUCAAAAUAUGAAAGUGAAAAAAUAUUGGUUAGUGAAACAAUGAUAGUUCUCAGAAACGAAUUGAGACUAUUAAAGGAAGAUGCAGCUACAUUUUCAAGUCUUCGAGCCAUGUUUGCAGCGAGAUGCGAAGAAUACGUCACACAGGUCGAUGAACUCCAGCAUCAGCUCAUGGCUGCGGAAGAAGAAAAGAAAACGUUAAAUCAACUUUUGCGAUUAGCCGUCCAACAAAAAUUAGCAUUGACGCAACGUUUGGAAGAAUUAGACGUGGAUAAGGAAAUGAGAAAUCAGAGGAGGUCUUUUCCAGUUCAAAGUGGUAAAGUAAAUAAAAAUCGUUUUUCUCAACCCAGUCGUCCGGGUACGGGCCGAGAUUUUUUUUAG